AUGGCACCGCCAGAUAGAGGAAUCCGGAUUGCAAUUGAUCGGGGUGGCACUUUCACCGAUUGUGUCGGCAACCCAGGUACCGGGAAAUUGGAAGACGAUAUCGUAAUCAAGCUACUAUCGGUCGAUCCCGAUAACUAUGAUGAUGCACCCUUGGAAGGCAUUCGCCGGCUUCUUUCCAAGUUCACAGGUCGCGAAAUUCCGCGAGGCGAACCUCUUGAUACCUCCCAAAUCGAAAGUAUUCGAAUGGGCACGACCGUGGCAACGAAUGCACUUCUCGAACGGAAAGGUGAAAGAAUCGCUCUCAUAGUCACAAAGGGGUUCAAGGAUUGCCUGCAGAUAGGAAACCAGUCUCGUCCGAAAAUCUUCGAUCUGGCAAUCAGACGCCCCGAGGUACUAUAUGAGAAAGUCAUUGAGAUUGAUGAACGGGUAACUCUAGAAGACUACGCCGAGGAUCCGAAAAGGACAAGAACAGAGACACAGACCCGUGAACAGGCAUCAUCAGAUGCAGAAGUAGUCCGCGGCAUCUCAUCGGAGGCCGUCAGGAUCCUGCAGAGGCCAGAAAAGGACACCGUGAGGGACCAGCUUCAGCAACUGUACAACGAUGGUUUCCGUAGCAUUGCCGUCUGUCUCAUGCAUGGCUAUACUUUCCCAGACCACGAGGCAUUUGUCGGUGAAUUGGCCCGAGAAAUUGGAUUCGAGCACAUCAGUCUGAGCCACGAAUUGAUGCCAAUGAUCAAGUUGAUUCCACGAACAACUUCUGCCUGUGCGGAUGCAUAUUUGACACCCACAAUCAAGAAAUAUAUCGCGGGGUUUCAGGCUGGCUUUGAGGGUGGACUGGGCGCAAAGUCUGUGCAGAAUAGCAGUGGCCAUAAAAGUGCACGCUGCGAAUUUAUGCAAUCAGAUGGUGGUCUUGUUGACGUUGACCAGUUUUCUGGUCUUAAGGCUAUACUUUCAGGGCCUGCGGGAGGAGUUGUUGGCUAUGCUUUAACCUCUUAUGAUCCCGAGACGAAGAUCCCGGUCAUUGGAUUUGACAUGGGUGGUACAAGUACCGAUGUCAGCCGGUAUGGAGAAGGAAGAUAUGAGCAUGUCUUUGAAACCACCACUGCAGGAGUGACCAUCCAGUCACCACAAUUGGAUAUCAACACCGUCGCUGCCGGUGGUGGUUCCCAAUUAUUCCUCCGUAAUGGACUCUUUGUUGUUGGCCCUGAAUCUGCCGGUGCCCAUCCUGGUCCCGCCUGCUACCGAAAAGGAGGCCCAUUGACUGUUACAGACGCCAAUUUGUUCCUAGGAAGGCUUUUACCUGACUUUUUCCCCAAGAUCUUCGGCAAGAAUGAGAAUGAAGGCCUGGACGAAGGUGCUAGCCGUAAGAAGUUUGAGGAGCUCACACAACAGAUCAACGAGGAAUUAUGCAAAUCAGACGAAGAUAAGAUGACUGCUGAUGAAGUGGCAUACGGUUUCAUCAAGAUCAGUAACGAGACGAUGACCAGGCCUAUCCGUUCACUCACUGAAGCUCGAGGCCAUGACACAUCGAAACACCGUCUCGCCACGUUUGGUGGUGCUGGUGGUCAGCAUGCCGUAGCGAUUGCCGAGGGUUUGGGUAUACGACAAAUUCUUGUACAUCGAUACUCCUCUGUGCUCUCGGCAUAUGGCAUGGCUUUAGCUGACGUUGUGGAUGAAAGGCAGGAGCCAGAGUCUCAGAUCUGGUCUACUGGUGAUGUGCAACAGAAACUGAAAUCUAAAAUGGACGAGCUAAAGAGUAAAUCCGAAGAGAAACUCCGCGCCCAAGGCUUUGAUGAUAAGUCGAUAGUGUUUGAAGAAUACCUUAACAUGAGAUAUAGAGGCACUGAAUCGUCGCUUAUGAUUAUCAAGCCUACUCCAGAGGAAGCUCAAGAACUUUACGGAGGAGAUGAAUGGGCGUUCGGAGAAGCCUUUGUCAAGCAGCAUGAGCGAGAAUUUGGGUUCGUUUUACCAGACAGAGACAUCAUCGUCGACGAUGUCCGAGCUCGUGGUAUUGGUAGAAGCUUCCAAGGAUUAGGCAAGACCGUUGACCAACAACUACGAGAAGCAAAGCCUCGUGACGUCGACAGCAAGAAAAUAUACCAGACUAAGAAAGUGUUUUUCGAGGGAGGACGUCUUGAUACACCCAUCUAUAAACUCGACGAUCUCGAAGUCAAUGACCGCGUGAAAGGACCCGCAAUCGUUGCCGACAAUACGCAAACAGUAGUUGUGACUCCUGGGGCUACUGCUCUGGUCACAGAAACACAUGUGGUCAUCAAUAUUGGCGAAAGUGAUGUUCUUGGUGUCAAGGCCGACACCAGUGGAGUUGAUCCUAUUAUGCUGAGUAUCUUUGGCCACCGAUUCAUGGCCAUUGCAGAACAGAUGGGUCGUGCUCUACAAAAGACGAGUGUGAGCACAAACGUCAAAGAAAGACUCGAUUACUCAUGUGCCUUGUUUGACUCUGAUGGAGGGUUGGUUGCCAACGCACCGCAUCUUCCGGUGCAUUUAGGAAGUAUGUCAACGUGCGUGCGAACUCAGGCAAACAUCUGGAGAGGGAAGCUUAAACCGGGAGAUGUGAUUGUCUCCAAUCAUCCAGAAUUUGGAGGUACUCAUCUUCCGGAUAUUACUGUGAUUACACCUGCCUUUGCUGGCGAGGAAAUCAUUUUCUACGUAGCGUCUCGAGCGCAUCAUGCCGAUAUUGGAGGCAUUCUACCCGGAAGCAUGCCGCCUCACUCCAAAGAGCUCUACCAAGAAGGUGCUGCCAUCAAAUCAGAAAAACUGGUUUCAGAAGGUCACUUCAACGAAGAACGUAUCACAGAGCUCCUUUACCACGAGCCAGUCCAGUAUCCGGACUGCAGUGGCACGAGAUGUCUUGCGGACAACUUGAAUGAUCUGAAGGCACAGAUAGCAGCAAACCAAAAGGGCAUCAACCUGAUCACCAGUCUGAUUGAUGAGUAUGGACAGGAUGUGGUGCAACAUUAUAUGAUCAAGAUUCAGGAGAAUGCCGAACUCAGUGUUAGGAAUCUGCUCAAGGGUGUGAGCCAGAGAUUCAAAGGUCAGGAUCUCACAGCUAUUGACUACAUGGAUGAUGGCAGUCCCAUCAAAUUACGAAUAUCGAUUGAUGCAGAAGAGGGAGCGGCUGUUUUUGAUUUUUCGGGCACUGGUCCUGAAGUUUAUGGAAACAUCAAUGCACCAGAAGCUGUUACAUAUUCAGCGAUCAUAUAUUGCCUAAGAUGCCUGAUCUCUGAGGACAUUCCGCUCAACCAAGGAUGUCUGAAGCCAAUCAAAGUCCACAUCCCCAAGAAUUCUUUCCUGUCACCUUCAGAAAGUGCCGCCGUUGUAGGCGGGAAUGUUUUAACGAGUCAGCGAGUCACAGACGUAAUCCUGAGAUGUUUCAAUGCCUGUGCGGCCUCGCAAGGAGAUACAAACAAUCUCACCUUCGGCUUUGGCGGCAACGUAUCCGGCUCAAAAGCAACACAAGGCUUCGGAUACUACGAAACCAUAGCCGGAGGCAGCGGUGCCGGCCCCGACUGGGAAGGCACAUCUGGAGUCCACACACACAUGACCAACACUCGAAUCACCGAUGCCGAGGUCUUUGAGCGACGGUACCCAGUCAUAUUGCGUGAGUUUAGCUUACGGCCUGGAUCUGGUGGCUUGGGACAGCAUUGCGGUGGCGAUGGUGUUAUCAGAGAUAUCGAGUUCCGAAUCCCAGUCCAAGUGUCUAUCUUAUCGGAGCGAAGGGUAUACAAACCCUAUGGCUUGGAAGGAGGCGAAGAUGCACAAACAGGCCAUAACCUGUGGGUUCGAAAGAUUCCCAAGAAGGACAAAGACGGAAAGGAAUUUAAGGAAGAUAGGAUCAUUAACUUAGGAGGUAAGAAUAGUAUCAAAAUGCAGUCUGGGGAGAGGAUUGUGAUCAUGACGCCUGGAGGUGGUGGCUGGGGUGUUCCGGGAGAGCAAAGUAGAGCCCAGAAGAAGCUUGAUGCGCGACAUGCGUGGAAGGGAGGUUCGAUUGCGAACAUUUUGGCGACUCAGGAGGCGAGCAUUUAG